AUGACGCUUAUGAAGUCGCUUGUGCUCGAGAAGCCCGGGGAGAUCCGGCUGCGCGAGAUUGAGGUGAACGACGUGCUGGGCGAAAAUGACGUGCGGGUGAAGGUGCACACCGUCGGCAUCUGCGGCAGCGACGUUCACUACUACGAGUACGGCCACAUUGGACCGUUUGUGGUGAAGCAGCCCAUGAUUCUCGGCCACGAGGCUGCCGGCACCGUUGUGGCGGUGGGAAGUAAAGUGAGGCACCUCAGCGUGGGAGACCGCGUCGCGAUGGAGCCCGGUAUCCCCAACAUGACGUCGCCGCAGACACUCGCGGGCCUGUACAACCUUGACCCCGACAUUGCCUUCUUUGCCACUCCGCCCGUGCACGGCUGCCUUAGCACAACUGUCAUUCACCCCGCGAUACUGUGCUUCAAGCUGCCCGAAAACGUGAGCUACGAGGAGGGGGCUCUUUGCGAGCCCAUCGCCGUUGGCAUGCACUCGGCGACGAAGGCAGGCGUGAAGCCUGGCGAUGUGGCACUGGUCAUUGGCUCAGGGACCAUUGGAAUUGUGACGGCCCUCGCCGCCCUCGCCGCCGGCUGCUCAGACGUCAUCAUCUGCGACGUGGUGGAGGGGCGCCUCAAGGCGGCGGCGCAGUACGAGCACGUGCACCCGGUUCUCUCGAAGGGCAAUGCUGUCAAGGAGAAGGUGCAACAACUGACGGACGGACAGGGUGUGGACUGCGUAUUCGAAUGCAGUGGGGCCGCUGCGGCGUACCCACUUAUUUACGAGCACGCCGCUCCUGGCGCGACGGCAGUUUUGACCGGCAUGCCCGUGGACCCCGUCACCUUUGACGUGGUGGCCGCGCAGGCUAAAGAAAUUACGUUUCAGACCAUCUUCCGCUACCGCAACAUGUACCCACGGGUCAUUCGUUUGCUUCGCUCGGGAAGGAUGAAUGUGAAGCCGCUUGUGACGGGCAGAUUCAAGCUGCGGGACGGCGUGAAGGCGUACGAGCGCGCCGCUUUGCGCAACCCCACUGAUGUAAAGAUCAUUAUUGAGAUGGAGUAG